AUGUCCCCCCUCCCCAUGACCACAGCUCCUGGCUCUGCCCCAGACAUCCCGGACGAGGCCGCCUGCCAGGCAGCCCUGUGCCACGUGGUGAGCAAACUGCCCCCCGCCAACCGGGACACACUGGCCUUCCUCAUGCUGCACCUCCUGAGGGUCGCUCAGAGCCCCGAGUGCAGGAUGGAUGAGCUGAACCUGGCCCGCGUCUUCGGGCCCACGCUGGUGGGGCACGGCACGAGCAGCCCCACACCCCUGGCCAUUCUGCAGGACACGCCGCAGCAGUGCAAGGUGAUGGCUCGUCUCCUGUCGCUGCCCCCCGAGUUCUGGAGGCGCUUCAUGGGGAUGGAGCUGGAGAACCUGGUGCCCGCGGCUGCGAGCGACCCCCUGGCGCUGAACAAACGGGAGCGGCUCUUCCGCCCCCUCUCGUCCCCCGAGAUGAACUCGACUCAGCUGAGCCCGACCGGCUGCUGUCUCCCCGACCCUCGGCGGAGCUGCGUGGGCACCACGGGCACAGCCCUGCAGGCGCUGGGCUCCAGGAAGACGGGCCGGUUCUUCCCCUCCCUGCUGUAG